AUGGCACAGGCUCCAGGUUUGGGGAAGAGAUAUAUUAAAGCCUUUUUUAAAGGUUUCUUUGUUGCUGUUCCGGUAACGGUGACUUUCCUGGAUAGAGUUGCCUGUGUAGCAAGGGUGGAAGGAGCAUCAAUGCAGCCAUCUUUGAACCCCGGGGGAAGAAAAGCAUCUGAUGUAGUGCUCUUAAACCACUGGAGCAUUCGAAAUUACGAUGUACAACGUGGGGACAUUGUGUCAUUGGUACUGUUAACAUUUGAUCCAAGUACAAAAGGUGAACAGAUUGGAGGAGAGUCAGAAGAGACUGAGAAAGAUGUGACACUUGCAAAGUCUCCUAGAAACCCUGAACAGAAGAUCAUUAAACGAGUGAUUGCUCUUGAAGGAGACAUUAUCAAAACCAUUGGAUACAAAAAGAAGUAUGUGAAAGUUCCACAUGGACACAUUUGGGUGGAAGGUGAUCACCGUGGACACAGCUUUGACAGCAAUGCUUUUGGGCCAGUUUCUCUUGGACUUCUACAUGCUCGAGCCACUCACAUCCUCUGGCCUCCACAACGUUGGCAGAAGCUAGAGCCAAUGCUACCUCCGGAGCGCAAACCACUCCAGAGAGAGCAAGAUUGA